AUAAUAUUUCAAUAUAAUAAUAAUGUAAUACUAUAUUGUAAUAUUGUAUUUGUAUUUUAUAAUACAAUCGUUUUUAAACGUUCAUCUCCUGGUUAUGCUGGAAGUUUUCAGGAAUCCGAGUAGUCGCGAAUGCGUCAUGGGUCCCAACACGGAAAUGAGCGAAGGCGCUGUGUUGUUACAGGCAUGGUGGAUGACUGGGUUAGGCUCGGGACAUUCAGCAAGCCUUAUAGCAAUGCUGUAAAACAGGUAUUCUUGUGAUCCUGCACUCCCCACACCGAACACACAAACCCGUGGUAAGUGGACACACGACUGCGCUCGUAACAUUGGCAGAGGACGUAAGGAUCACAGAACUCAAUUGACUCCUCUCGUGGUGUGUGCUGGUGUAAUCCUUUUUGGGACAUGGCUCAGAAGGAACUGAAGCAAGCAUUUGUGAGUAAUCUCAAUGGGACCAGCCUGGAGGAGGUGGCGCUGGGCACAUUUCUCAACCCAGCAUGCAUCAUCAUCAGAGGACUCAUAUUGGUCCGCUACUAUCAGGCCAAAGGGACCCUACCCCUGCCACUUCCACACAUUUCUCACUUACUUCUAGACAUCUGUGUGCUCAUUCUUCCCCUCAUCCUGUCGUGCACCGUGCUGAGCAGCGUUCUUCACCUGUUCACGUUGAGCCUCAACCUUGUUUCUGCUUGUGCGUUUUUUUUUGUCUGCCAUGCCAGCAAACAUCCUUCUGCUCGGCACCCACAAAAUACUAUCAGCACCUUCCUUCAGAGUCACGUUCAAUUCAACCAGGUUCCCUUUGUGACUCUCUUUAGAGUGUUUGUAAAUGUGAAAACAGCCAUCAGCAUUCUUGCCGUAGACUUUAAUGUCUUCCCAAGGCGAUAUGCUAAAUCAGAAACCUACGGGACAGGUAUUAUGGACAUUGGAGUUGGAGCUUAUGUCUUUGCAAAUGCCCUCGUAUGCCCAGAGGCACGGAGGAAGCACGUCUCAGGAUCCAAGAUGAGUCAUAUCACAAAGCAGCUUCUGUCUGUCUGGCCCCUACUUGCUCUUGGCAUGGCAAGGCUAGUGAGCGUCAAAAUGACCGGCUACCAUGAGCAUGUGACAGAAUAUGGAGUCCACUGGAAUUUCUUCUUCACUCUAGCCAUCGUCAGAAUUGUGGCUUCAAUGAUUUUGCUUGUUUUACCAGCUAACCGGAUGUGGUUGGUUGCCCUGCUGAUGAGUGGAUUCUAUCAGUUCAGUCUCGAGACAACAGAUCUGAAGGCUUUCAUCAUCCACAACAACGAGAGAGAGAAGGACUUUCUGCACGCUAACAAGGAAGGCUUAUUCUCUAUAGUGGGAUAUGUAGCCAUUUACCUGAGUGGAGUUCAAGUUGGAUAUUAUGUGAUGCAACAAAGAUCUAAUGUUAGAGAGUGGCUCAAAGCACUUUUUUACCUGUUGUUGGGAACUUCGGUCAUGUACAUUGCUCUGGUCGUCUGUCAGACCCUCGUGGAACCGGUGUCUCGCCGCAUGGCUAAUUUACCUUUCGUUAUCUGGACUGUGGCUCAGUCUUUGUUUUAUAUGUGCUGCCUUGGUUUAGCUGAUAUUGUUUUGCUGUUCGCUAAAAAAACUUCCGGCUGCAAAUUUGUACCUACAUCGUGGAAUCUGUAUAACAAACAAUCAGAAUGUGACAAAGACAAAAAGAGAGGUGAAAUAGAAGGCCACUGCCUCAUCCAGGCCGUCAGCAGGAAUCAGUUGUUGUUUUUUCUUCUUGCGAAUUUGAUGACAGGACUGACCAACUCAGUCGUGGACACCCUCAGUUGUAGUAGUAUGUUUUCGGUGUGUGUUUUGCUGUUGUACAUGUUCAUAAAUUGCUCUGUGAUAUCUGCUUUACAUCUCUGUGGUAUUACAGUAAAAUUCUGGUAACAUUUGCAUUUGUAAAUCUGCAAUGUUCAUUUGUGUAAUUUCAGGGACUUUGGGACUGGGAAUUUUAAAUGUUAUGGGAAGAUGGAUCUGAAGAUAAUUUAUGUAUAAAACAAUGAAAGUACAGAAAGUACAAAUGAACAAAAAUCUCACAUAAUGUUUCUGAAUGAGUAAAGGACUUAAAUUGACAGUGGGACUCAACUGUUAUGUUUUGUCUGUGUUGUUUGAAGCAGCAAUCUCAAAGAUUUCAGUCACAAUUGAUUUGGCAACACAUACAGUUACUGGUUGUAACAGUAAAUGCAGGUUAAUACUACACGGAAGAGCAUCAGAAGGCAGCACAACAAAUUAUUGUAAUUUUAGUAAAUACGCCAAGCAAUAGUUGGCCUGAGAAACAGAAUCUCUCACCACAGACAUUCAUAAAAAUGAAAAUGCAUAAAUACUACUAUAUUUUCAUCACCAUUGUUUUACCUUAUUGGGUGAUGUUACAUUAACAAAGCUCUGUUUAAAUAAAUCUAACAGAAUGGCCUUUGUUGUUUAUUAAUGCAUCCUACUUAUAUUGUCUCAGCCUUCCAAAGAACAAUGCCUGGUUUGUGGGCCACACAGUGGGUCUACAGCUGACAUUAUUGAUGUAAUACAGCUUUGAAGUUAUGCAGCAAUUGAACAGUAUCCGUAAUGUCUCUGCCUCUACUCUUCUGUUGAUCUGUAUAAUUUGUACAUCCAUUGUCUUUUUAUAAUCUCUUGUUUUAGUUCCUCCUCUGAAAGUUCCACUCAAGUGUUAGCGAUUGGUGAAGACUAUACUAUCAUCUUUACAUAAUAUAAUAAUUUUGUCACUGUGCAUUGCAAUUAUAAACUGUUCCCCACCACAUCAACCUGAACGUAGAACUCUAUAGUUAAAACACAAACCUCAUUACUUUAAAUAAAGAGGUGCAAAUCCUUAGUUAUAUUUGUGUGUCACUAAACUUAUUUUCAUUCUCAAAUAUCUAUACAUACACAGACACAAAACUGCUGACAAUCAAACAGAUUAUCAGUCUUCUGCAGGAAGACAAUCGCACACUCACAACAUUUCAGAGUCGGGCUUGUCCUAAGCUGUACUUUGUGUACAUUAUUUACUUUUUCUCUGUACAUUUUUUUUCUAAGGGUGUUCAUACUUCUCAGAAGUGUUUUAUUUAAUUGUCUGUGUGUGCCAUUUAAGCCAAGAGUCUGUGAAAUUUGUUCUUUUAAUAACAACGAAGGCCAUCACAAACAAUGAAAGUCACCCACUCAAUGCUUUAGAGGUUUUCGGGAAAAGCUUGCACAGUAAGAGCGCUCAUUCUUCCAAACUGCAAGACAGAGGGGUACACAGGAGGCCUUUUUUGCCUGCAGACAUAAGGUUUUUGAACAAUCUGUAGUUUUUUUCCCAGGCGUGCAAUUGUUUUUUAUCCCUAAUACUGUAUUUCUGUGUUUGUUUAUUUAUUCUUAUGUAUGAUAUGCUGUAUAGGCUGCUUGCUGAUUUUACUGUGAUAAUGUGAAGUAUUGCUGCUGUAACCCUACAAAUUUCUUUUCAAGGAUUAAUAAAGUAUCUCGAAUCCUGAA